CCCUCUUCCUCUUCUGUAAAAUACCUUUGCAACCAAAAUGCCCGAACAGUUUGCACCAUUGAAGAACGACCUCCUGCUGAGGGCCGCCAGAGGCGAGGAGGUUCCUCGUCCUCCGAUCUGGGUCAUGCGGCAAGCUGGUCGUUACCUCCCCGAAUACCACGAAGCGAAAGGCAACCGCGACUUCUUCGAAUGCUGCCGCAGCCCCGAGAUUGCGUCCACAUUGACUCUCCAGCCCAUUGAGCGGUACGCCGGACUCAUCGAUGCCGCCAUCAUCUUCUCCGACAUCUUGGUGAUCCCCCAGGCCAUGGGCAUGCAGGUAGAGAUGGUCGACAAGAAGGGCCCGCACUUCCCGCAACCGCUGCAGUCGCCGGACGACGGACAGUACGAGAAGGUGAUGCAGAAGAAGGUGGACGUCAAGGCUGAGCUGGACUACGUCUACAAGGCCAUCACGCUCACCCGCCACAAGCUGGCCGGCCGGGUGCCGUUGAUCGGCUUCUGCGGAGCGCCCUGGACCCUGCUGUGCUACAUGGUCGAAGGUGGAGGUACGAAGCUCUUCGUGCAGUCGAAGAAGUGGAUCUACAGAUACGCCGAGGAGUCCAAGGCUCUGCUGCAGAAGAUCGCCGAGAUCUGUGUCGAGUACCUGGCGCUUCAGGUCGAGGCCGGCGCGCAGCUGGUGCAGGUGUUCGACUCCUGGGCUGGGGAGAUGUCGCCCGUGGCCUUCAGCCGGUUCUCUCUCCCAUACCUGCGCUACAUCUCGCAGAAUCUCCCAAAGAAGUUGACGGAGAUGGGUCUGGAACCUGUCCCGAUGACGGUCUUCGCCAAGGGGGCUUGGUUUGCUUUGGAGGAUCUGUGCGAGUCUGGCUACAACGUUGUUGGUCUGGACUGGCUGCAUGAUCCCGCCGAGGCCAAGAAGAUUGCGAACGGUCGUGUGACGCUCCAGGGCAAUGCUGAUCCGGGUGUUCUUUACGGUACCCGCGAGGCCAUCACCGAGGCCGUGGAGACUAUGGUCCGCGGCUUCUGGCCGGGCAAGAAGGGCUGGAUUGCCAACUUGGGACACGGCAUCACUCCGUUCGUCAAUCCCGAUGACCUCAAAUUCUACUUCGAGGAAAUCCACCGCUUGACGGCGGCUUAAGAUUGUCACUUGAUGUGGGUAUGACUCAUUUGCUCUCUUGUUGACUAUAUAUAUACAUAUUGAAUAUCUCCGCUGCAGCGUAUCUGCAAAAUCCUUUUCUCGCGGUGACUCAGACGGCAAUGUCCUCGUUCCUGUUUGGUCCCAUAUAGUCAGACUGGGCAUUUCUUACCAGAAAUCAAAAAGUGGCGGAAGUAUGUGAUAGAAAAAGGGGGGAAAGAAAUGAUACCAUGCUCCCAAAAAAAUGGAAAGACAAAAUGGAAAAGCAAGUUCCAACUUACCAG